AUGGGGGAAAGGAUGAAUACAAGCGGAGUGGAGACCGCAGCAGAAGGCGAUGAGGAAGCGGGAAACAAGGGGGCAGGGAGAAAACGGGGGAAAAACAGGCUCGGGGCAACCCCAAAUGGAGGAAAAGAUGCAAGGGGAGCCCGGGGCGGGCAGGGGCGAGAUCGGGAACACAAGCGCCAAAGACGGAGCCGGAGGCAGCAGGAGCCAACGGGGCCAGGGGGAUCAGCAACCAAGCAGGGGGGAGGCGCGGAGGCGGGAGGGCCCGAGAGUAAGAGAACACAAGCAGACUGGGCCGCGGGAGCCCCCAACCGGGGAGGGCCCCAAAAGCGCGACAAGAUCAGCCAGAAAACAGAGAAGGGCAGAGCCCGCAGCGGAGCAGGCCAUGUCGGCGUAGCGGGCCGUGCGGAACGGCCAGCGUGCGAGAACGGAGCGGAAGGGGGGGAGAGAGGGGGGAGGGGGUGUAAGGAGCCGGGGAAACGAGCGGGCGAAGAAGGGGAAGCCCAACAAGGAGGAGGGAAGCGACAAAGGGAGAACCCCAGGGACGCCCGCGGGGAGGGGGUGCGGGGGGAAGCGGUGGGAGGAGAAAGAAGGUAA